ACAAAACGUGUGCGUCUGCGUGGUGGUACAGAAGAACCGUGAUUGGUCGAAAUACCAUAUUAUGCAUGCCGGGUAUGACGUAGCUAGUGGGGCGAACUGUACCACGUGACCAGUUGGCCGCCAUGAUAGAUUGUCGUAAUGCGGGAGAGUAUCAUGGUUGAUUCCUGAACCGAAUGGCGGAUCGGUGUACGGAGCUGUAAAAUCACCUACACACUCACAUCACUGACUUGAAAAAUGGAUGCUGCCAAAGAUGAGACAAAGGUUGAAAAUCCUGUCCAGAAUGGGGACGUGGAAAACUGCGAUCCUGUCCAGGUCAAGAAAGGUGUGAAGACGGCAGGUGAUGACGUGAUCACUGGCAACUCCCAGGAAGGUGACAUGGAAGUGGUAGGCAGUGCUGCCAAAUCUGAAGCUAAAAAACUGGAGAAGGCUGAUAGUGAGAACGUCAAUGACACUGAGAAGACUGGCGUCAGUGGCGACCAAAAGAUACCAGCUGCUGGAGGUGACAGUGGCUCACAAAAUGGUGCCACUGUGAUGGAUGAAAGCAAUGCUGAGAGUGGUGCUGAUGUGAAAGAUGAAGUGAAAAAGCCCGAUCCAGAUUUGGAGAUCGUGUCAGAUGGCGACAGUGGGAAGAAAGCCGAUACAGAAGGGGAUAAAGUGGAAGUUAUUGCUGAAGAUGGAGAUAUAACUGAUAAAGGAGGGGAGGCCAAGGGAGAUAACAAAGCUGAACCUGUGAAAGAGAAAUCAGAUGCUGUUAAGGGUGAAGAAGAAAAGAAAGGCGACAGUAAAGAUUCUGGUAAAGGGACCACUGCAGAAGCUACUGAAAAAGCUGGAACAGAAGCUUCUCCCCCUAAGAAUCUACGAAAAAGGAAAUCUGUUUCCAAUGGUUACAAAGAAGCUGAAACAUCUGAUGAUGAUGAUUACAAAGACAUGAUCGUUGAAAAGAAGUCUAAGAAGGAAGAGCCACCUAAGGUGGCCACUGAGAGGUCCGUAAGUGUUCCCGCAGCUGCUCUCAAACCUGCCUCUCAGGUAGUGCCCCUUGCUUACAAUGUCGGCCAGCCCCUGUCCCUCCUUGGAGCCAGUAUACUACCCAAUCAGCAGACAACUGUUCGGAUGGUGAUCCCCUCUGUACAAAAUGCCAUCCUUACACAAAGUGGUGGAUCAGUUAUCCUGUCCCAGCCACAAACAUCCUUUCAGGGUCUGACUCUAAACUCAGCAGGGGUGGUGCUAUACCCACAGCUACAGGCCGGGUCUGCGUCUGCUGUCAUGUCCACCAUGCUCACCACUGCAGCACAGAAAGGCAGCAUUAAAACCACCCCAGGGAUAUCCAUUGUUGGGGUCACAAAUUCUAAGAAGUCAGGCGCUGUGACGUCAGUGACUUCUUCCAAACAGUUGAGCAAGGUCGAUAAGGUUGAUCUUCGUCCGCCCAGUAAUAGCUUCGAGAUGAUUGAGCUUGUCAAGUGGGAACUGAAACAAGGUAUCUAUCACAGACCCAAGAACUUUAAGCUGAAAGCUGAUUCCGAGCUAGGCUCUGUUGCAAAGUUUCUACGAGAUUUUGGACAAGAUCUUGUGAAGGAGUCAGUUUACAGUGACUUGGUAAGAAUUCAGAAUAGAAGGAGCAACCAAGGUAAGCUGACUGACAAAGAGAAGCAAGAUUUCCAUAAAUUGAAAUCAGUUCAUGUAGAACUUAGAGAAAAGGUUGGACCUGUGAAACUAUCUUUGUCAAAGAAGUGCAAGUGUGGAUUUCAGACAGAAUCUGAAAAUGUGAUGUUCUGGCACAAGCAACAUCCACACAUGACAGAGAACGACUUACGCUGUGCUUGGUGUGAUUUUGAAACCCGCAACAGCUCGGCCUUCACCUUCCACAUGGAGGCUGAACAUAGUACGAAGGCUCGAUUCGUAGAGAAACCACCUUUCUGGGAGUGCAAUCUCUGUCCAUAUGAAAACAACUUGCGAAACAAGCUUACACAACACAAGUUUAGAUGUAUCAAGACUUUCAAACUGAAUUUGAAUCUCCACCCUUCAUGGAUGCCUGGCCCUGAGAUUAAUUAUUGCCUGGAGAAAACAUUCUACAAGAACCCAAUGCUGAUGAACAUGAACCGCCUACAGCAGCAGCAACAGCAGCAACAACAGCAGCAGCAGCAACAGAGAGCUGUCACACCAAUCAUGCCAAAGGGUCAGGUGAUACAAAGCGGCAACCAAGUGGUUAAGACCAUUCCAUACGGUCAGAUGAACAAGGGUCCCAUGGUCAACACUCAGGCCUUCAAGAAUCCAGCUCUGCUGGCCAAACUUGGACAAGGACAGUCUCGGACAGCGUUCCAGGCUCGAGGAACGGGCGCUCCAAAUGUGAACUUGUUCAGGGGUCAAAAUGCCCAGCAAUUUGCAGUGAAAGGUAAAACGAAUGUAACAUACAUCAGACCCCCAAACACCAAUGUUUCUACCAAGAUUAACAACAUCAUCAGCAUGAAUACCCAUGUCCUGGACAAGGGUUCUUCUGCAUCCAAACCAAACUCUGGCUUUGAAGUUUGUGAGAUCUGCGGUGGCUAUGUGAAGGAUCGGACGGCUUUGAGAAUCCACUUCUUCUAUGCUCACCGGAUUGACAUGCCACAUGGUGUGUUUGACCGUGUCCACCCCCCACUGUAUUGUGCCACAUGCUUCGCCCGUUUCUGGACAGCACAAGGUCUGCAAAAACAUCUGGAUGUCCACAAAGAAGAUUCGUCUGGAGGGGUUGCUGGCAAAUGCAUCGUCUGUCUGCAUAGAGUACCCAACAUACUAAUGCAUAUGAAGAUUGUGCACAAUAAAGCCUUUGUGAACUUCCUAAGAGAGUGCAAAUGUAUUUUCUGUGGGACCAAAUGCAGCAACAAGAGUGUUGUGGAGAGCCAUAUGGCAGCAGUGCAUGGGGUCGUAGUCAAGUCUGGCUCGCAGCCUGAUGCAUCGGCCCAUACCCCACCACAAGCAAAGCCAAGGCCUACCAACCCCAAGACGACUCCAAAGAGUGGCAAGAAUGAUAACCAGCUGGUCAAAGGAAGUGUAUGUGUGCUGUGUAAUCUCAACUUUGGCCGCAAUGUUGACUUGACCCGGCACUGCAUGCGAGUCCACCACACCUGUAUGAAGUGUGGCAUGGUCGUAGCAGACAAAGAGUCUCUGCUGCGGCACACAUGCCUGGAGUCUCCAUCUGGCCUGCGAAACUGCGAGAUUUGCAAAGAGAAGGGUUUCCAUCCGGCCUACCAUGUUAAACACAUUCGAGAUAAGCAUCUUCGCAAGCUGUCCAUCAAGUUAAAAAGGUUAGAUCCAAAGAUAACAGCAAAGUUUAUCAAGAACCCCAUCGUUGCCAAACCGCAAAAGAUGACCGCAGAAACCAUUGAACUGUCUGAUGAUGACGAGCCUGCGACCAAGAGGAUGAAGACAGACAAAGGGGAGAAGGCUACAGCUGUGUCAACUGUUAGGACAAAGAAAUACAAAAGUGCUGCCAGGAAAGCAGUACAGGUUCAGGAAGUUGUGAUGCUUAGUGAUGAUGAUGAGAAGGAGGAAAAUGCAGAUAAGAAAAGGGAGUCUGCAGGUAACAAAGUUGAUAUAGGUGAAGGUAAGAAAAGCCCAAACAUGAACAGUUCCAGUGAGAGUAAAAUCACAUCUGAAGUAGAUAAAAAAUCGUCAACAGAAAAGGUGAAAAGUGAAUCUGCAUCUGACAAGAAGGAAAGUAAAUCGCCAGAGAAAGGGGAAAGUACUGUGACAUCUGACGUUAAAACAGAAGCAAGCAAAAGUGACGACAAGGAAAGUGCGAGUACAAGCAAGGACAAGGAAAGUGAUAAGGGAAAAGGGGAGGAGAGUAAGGACUGAUGUCCAUGAGCAAGGCUCACCAAGACAAUGAGACCAGUGUACAAACGUACACAUAUUUAAAACUACCAAGUUUUGUGUUGGUGGUAAUGUGACGGUUCGUGUAUUCUUGAAAUGGAGAAAAAUCAAAUGUUUUUGAACUGGUCAAACAAUUGUACCUUUGCAGACAGACAAACGCAUUUACCUCUGUCUGUUUAGCAUCCUGUUACUUGUUUUUUCAACAUUACAUGUACUUAUUUGUUUGAAUGUGGGAUCAAGAAUGCCAUACAGAUUAUUACUUGCGAUUUGAUUAAACUGCUGCCUUAUGACGACAACAUGGAAGAUCUGCAUAAUACAAUAUUGGAAAGAAGUAAUGUUUUGGUAGAUUGAAACUGUUUCAACACUUUUUAGAUAUUUUUUUCCUGAUUACCCAUUCUAUAGGAAUAUAUGAUGUAUGUCAUUACCAGGAUGGAUGGAAACUACUUCAAUUUGCUAAUGUUUGUUUGUGAUGAAUUUCGAAACUUUUGUGAUGAGCAGACGUAAUUCAUACAUUUGAUCCAGACAUGUUUAGGGUGUGGUGGGAAAAUGAGCUUUUUUCUUUGAGAUUUCAAAUGGACAUAAGGCAAUAUGUUUCCAUGUCUUUAAGGGGCAGUUUUAGAAGUCAAAUAAUGAUAACACAAAUCAGGAACACAUCUGAUGUCAACUUGUGCAGGGAAAGCAUGAACCACUUGCCCACAGGAAUCUGCCCAGCAUCCUUUGGGCAAGUACAGUAUUUGUACCGAGUUGUUCCCCUCCGUGGUUGGUUGUUGGUUGGACACAAUGAGCAGGCAGGAAAGUCUUUGGUUUCACUGAAGUAAAUGUUUACUGCCUUGGGACACUGUGGACUUUCCUCCCAUGUUUAGCUGACGUGGCAGGUUCUACUGGGUACUGUAUAACACCAACACUCACACUUAUAUUCAAGGAAGUAACCAGAAGCUUGAGUUUUUUUUUUUUUUUGCCAUUUAAGAAGAAACUAGAGAGGUGUUCUUGUUGUGUCUUGCAUGUUUGUGCUUGAUUUACAAUAUGAGAAUGCCCCUACAUUUUUUAAAUGUGGUUCAUAUAUCAACAUGUAAAACGUUUGUCAUCCAUGUGUACAAAUCAGGGAAAAUAUGAGGCACUUGACAAAAGAAAACUGUCAGAUUAGUUCAUUAUUGAAUCAAUGAAAUAUUUAUUUUGGCAAGUGCUGAAAAAGAGGUUUUUUUAAAUAUUUAAAACUGGCUUCCACAGGAGAUAUUUUAUAGCUACAGUGGGGUUGCGUCACAAUGCUUUGUGGUCCAUUGUCAAGAGCAAAUAACAUGACUUAUCACCUUGACACUAAAGCUGGUUAGCUGUACUGCUUGCACUUGAGACACUGGUUAUUGUUUACAAACUGAAAAAGUUGGAAGGAUGGUUUUUGGACAAUAAAUGGAAUUUCACCUUUGUCUCAUCAUAAGUUUAAAACUCCUUGGCAGGCCUCCGAGUUUUAAACUUAUCUUGAUGAUUGUUGAGAUAUUUGAUAUCAAAAGACACUAGUGAGAUUCUUGAGUACCCUUGGCUUGUGGAAACAGCUACAACAGCACUUGAAAACACCAGCUACAAAUAGUUCUGUUUUAUUGAACUGGCAUCAGAUUUUGUUCUUGAAUGCACAGUAUAAAACUUGACACUUCUGUAUCAUUAUGUGUUUCCUUGUUGCCAUCAGUAUAUCAUGUUCUGUAAUAUAAGGGGUGUCACAGCAAGCACACACAUGUACCACGCAAUGCCAUUCUAUUUUCCAUGCAAUAUGAUGUAUCAUACUUACCUGGUUAAAUACACAUUGUAAUAAUUACCUCAUGGUACAAUAUGCAUCAGCAUUCUUAACAAGCAAUUACAUGUGUAUCAUGAUAUUUUUCACCAUGGCGUUAUUGUCUAAACUUCAAUAUUAGAUGUUUCGAUUUCAGACAGUUCUUCUAUAAAUGUUGAUAUUGAACCAGACCUUACAAAAUUACAAUAACUGACUAAACAUUGAAAGUAACUUGUGCACAGCAACUUCGCAAGGCAAGCAAGUUACCUAACUGUAAUAGUCCAGUUUCCACUCUUGCCAAACUGGGCUGGAAUUUCUGGGCUUGAUCGUAGCGCCACCAGUGGCUAUUACAAGUUAUCCCCCUUCUAUGUCCCUCCUUUUGACCAAUCAGAUUCCAACUCUCAUCAUAUCAUUUGUAUUUGCUUCAAUUCGUUUUUGUAAUAUUAAGGGUCUUUCUUCGUGAAGUCAAUCCAAUCAUGUGAACACCUUGAAUAGAAACAUGAGAAGAUUUGGAAAAUAUCUGUUGACACCGAGUUGGCAGUACACAUACUUUGCAAAUCCUGUAAAUGACCAAAAUCUGCACGGCAAUUACAAACCGGAUGUCGAUAACAUAGCACAAUUCUGAUAGGGCUAUGCAUUCAUGCAUUCAUUCAUUAGUCGAGCCGAAAUGAAACUCCAUAAAUGCAGCCUAGUUUGGCAAGGGUGGAAAUUUGACUUUUACAGUUAACUCCCUUGCCUCGGGAAGAUGUGUGCACAGGUGCAGUUUUACUCUUUUCUUUCUCUAACCCUUGUAUAACUGCCACUGUGGUAGCCUUGAAUUGUUAUGUUUCUUACCUUCAAUGUGUGUGUUGAACUGGAGCCAAAAUAAUGCAUAUACAGGUCUAUAGUCCUUGCCCAACUGCCCAAUAGUUAUUGUUAAGGAAUCAUAAGGACUAGAAGAAAUUUGCCAUUUUUAGGGUUUUGCUAUAUGUUGUAAGAAGAACUAGCUGAUAUAUACUCUUGGUAACUACAAUAAAUUGUGACACCCCUUUUGCUUUCUGAUUGACCUUCAGCAACCCAUGCUUGCCGUAAAAGGUGACUAUGUUUGUCGUAAGAGGCGACUGAUAGGAUCGGGUGGUCGGGCUCGCUGACUUGGUUGAUGCAUGACAUCGAUGCUCAUGCCAAUCACUGGAUUGUCGGGUCCAGACUCGAUUUUUUACAGACUGCCGUCAUAUAGCUAUAUAUUGCUGAGUGGGGCGUUAAACAACAAACCAAAAAUCUGAUUGACAAAGCGUGACGACUGAUCAUUUUCAGGAUUAAUACCCUGUUAGGUGGUGUUGGAUUUUGCCUGUUUGGGUAUGUGGAUGACAGAUAUUUAUGAUUAGUUAAAGCUUAAUUAUGCAAAUGAAGACAGGAACACCAUUCUUAAAGUAGCUGGAUUUCCUGCCACGUAUGCAUCGGGAACUGUAACUACAGACAUGUUUGUAUGUAUAUAUACCAUGUACAGGUGUUCAUGAUCAGAUAUGUAAAUAAGAUUAAUAUGUAACAUAAAUAUAUCUGAAACCUUGAUCACAAAAUGUGAUUUCUAUCAUAAACCAAAUGUUGGACUGUCAUCAGUUCCAUUCACAAUCACAAUCACAAUGCUCUAUUGGUUUGUCCAGAGGACUAAAAAUGAAAACUUUUAUUUUGUCCCAUUUAUUUUUAAAGUACAUCAGAUUGAAUAAUGGGCUAUAUAAUGGCUACAUUCUCAGUCUAUCACAACACGUGGCUGUUAAGGCCGUGGAUACCGUCAGCUUGGGGGCCAGGGUGGUGUUUCCCUAGUGACAUGCUAUUCUGCAGUGAAGGAGAGCAGCGCUCUGGUUUAUUGAAUAUCUUCGGGUCAGAACUAUGCAUUGUUUGAAAAGUAUCCAUCAUGUAAAAGUAGCUAUGGUUAAUAAGUUGAAAUGAGAGAAAUUGAAACUAGAUAUUCUUGUCUCUCAUUAUGUUUAACCUGGAGAAGUACAGGAUGUUGUUGUCUUCGGACAGACAUUUCUUUCUGAAUCCAUACCUUGAGUCAUGGAAGUUGUUGCAUCUGUGUCAUUGAACACAUAUAUUUUAGAUAUUUAUUCCAACUUAUUACAAGUGUAUACAAGUAGGGUAGAAAUUGUACUUGGUCAUCCGUCAUUUGUUCCUAGGACUAGACUUUUAAGAUGUUUUCAUUGUCGAUUCUUGUGUCAUAAUUUAUGUAAUCUUGUCAAUUUAUUUGUACAACUAUUUUGAACAGGAUGCCUCCAAGAGGAAUGUUAAAGAUCCUAGUCAAUUGAAUAAAUUGCAAUGUUGACUUAAAAUUACAUUCCUUGUUCAUCAAAUGACAUUUGCUUUGGGAAUUUGUAACAAUGUGAAGUUUGAACAGUUGUUAAGAAGUUGAUGAUCGUGAAAUGAAAAUAGAAAAACCUUAA